CGUUUGGGUCGGGCCGGGCUUGCAAAUGCCAAAAUUUGGCAAUGGCAUGUGAAGUAAAAGGCUGUAGGUGUGUCCCAUUCAAUCAACAAUGAAAGCAUCUUCAAAGUGGAACUGAGCAUUGGAGUUUUGGCUAUCUGAAAAUGGAAGAGAGGGUCCAGAUGCCAAGAGUAAAACUAGGCAAUCAAGGCUUGGAGGUUUCUAGACUAGGUUUUGGAUGUGGAGGACUUUCUGGAAUAUUAAAUGCCCCUCUGUCGCAUGAAGAUGGAUGUUCAGUUAUAAAGGAAGCUUUUUACAGUGGUAUCACCUUCUUUGAUACAGCAGAUGUCUAUGGAGAAAACCAUGAUAAUGAGAUCAUGGUUGGCAAGGCCUUGAAGCAGCUUCCCCGAGAUCAAAUUCAACUAGCAACAAAAUUUGGUAUUAUUGUUUUAGAGGGGUUUCAAUUUGAGAUCAAGGGUACCCCUGAAUAUGUUCGGUACUGCUGUGAAUCUAGUCUUAAGCGGCUUGAUGUGGAUUAUAUUGAUCUCUACUAUCAGCACCGUGUGGACACUUCAGUGCCAAUAGAGGAGACAAUGGGGGAGCUUAAGAAGUUGGUGGAGGAAGGAAAAAUAAAAUAUAUUGGGUUGUCAGAAGCUAGUGUUGACACAAUAAGGAGAGCCCAAGCAGUUCAUCCUAUCACUGCCUUACAAAUGGAGUAUUCUCUUUGGACCCGUGAAAUUGAAGAUGAGAUAAUUCCACUUUGCCGAGAGCUUGGGAUUGGGAUGGUAGCAUAUAGUCCUCUAGGUCAUGGCUUCUUUGGUGGGAAGGCAGUUGUGGAGAGUUUGCCCAAUGGGAGUUUGAUUGGGAUGCAUCCAAGGUUCUACGGGGAGAAUUUAGAGAACAACAAAAUCAUAUAUAAUCGGCUUUCCAAUCUGGCGACAAAGCAUGCCUGCACAGUUGCUCAACUCACUCUAGCAUGGUUUCUACACCAGGGAGAUGACAUAAUCCCUAUCCCUGGGACAACUAAAUUUAAGAACAUUAAAGAAAAUAUUGGUUCCUUGGCACUGAAGCUUACACAAGAGGAUUUGAUAGAAAUAUGCAAUGCUGUGCCUAUUGAUGAGGUGAGUGGCCCUAGAGAAGCAGCCAGUUUAUCUAAAUAUGCCUGGAAGUUUGCUGAUACCCCCUCAAAUAUGAAGCAUGUUACACAAAAAGAUAGAGUUCAUCUGGAGUAAAACAUACUUGUUGAAAAUGAAUGAGAAAAGCUGAACUUCUUGCUCGUAACUGAGAGCAGAUCUCUUGGAGAAGAGCUGUACAUUUGUGAAGAAUAAGAAGUGUUCUAACACUAUCAUUACUGCAUCAGGAAUUGCACGCUGUGCCUCUGUGGAUAUGAAAAUUCUCCUCUGUUGUUAUCAAGGUAGCUUGUUCUUGGAGAAAAUAAUGCAUGUCAUGUUGAUAACACAAGGAGGCAAAAUCUUCUUUGUGAUUGAAUUUGUAAUGUACCGUAUAGAGUUGAUCUGCUCAUAACUGUCCUAGUUGCUUCAGAGAACUCUCUCCAAGAAAGGUACAACUAAUAAAAUAUUACCUAGUCCUGAAA